UUUUAUGGAUGACCGAUCCCAUUAAAUCGGCAUCCCCAUUUCCUUGUAUUUAAACAGGCCGAAUGGCUCUCAAUAAACUACUCCCUCCGUUUCUGAAACAAGUUCCACAUUUGACUUCACACAUAUUAAGAAAAUAAAUUUGACUUUACUGUGGAGUGCACUGUUUGAACACCGUUUGACACUGUUUGACACUGUUUGACACUGUUUUGAUGUAGAUAAUUUACCAAAUAAGAAAAUGUUUGAAAGUGGAACUUAAUUUUGAAUCUGCCCAAAAAGGAAAGAUGGAACUUCUUUUCGAAUCGGAGGGAGUACUUAACUACAGAAGCAUUAUCAACUUUAAACUCUUUUCUCAAUUUGCUUUCCUACGUAAUACGAACUUAUUAGGAACAGUACCACUUGUGGUUCGAAAUCCGAAAAACAUGUGCACGGUUUAGUUUUUUACUCACCCAAUCUUGUUAAAAAUAGGGGUGAUUGGUGGAAAUGAAAACCGAAUAGAAAAAAUCCAAACUGCAAGUAAAUUUAACCAAACAAUAGAAAAAUCAAACUCAUAAAAUCGAACUAAAUUGUAAUUGUUUGGUUUGAUUUUGCUUUCACCUUUAAACAUUGAACCGGUCUGCACAAACCGGACUAUUUACAACAUGCUAUUUUAUUUAAAUUCAUAUUUCAGUUUUGUUGUUCAUAAUUCAUAAGCCGAACGACUAAAUUCAGUUUAUUCACUUCGAUUCGAUUCAGUGAGUCAUGAAGGAUUUGUUAUUCACACUAUAGUUAACCAACUAUAUUAAAUAGUUGGGAAGACUAUCAAAUAAGCCCCCAACAAUAAAAAAAAACAAAUUAAGCCCCUCAACAGAAACUUCCCUCAAUUAAACCCUUGAACCCAUUAAAAACAGCCAAAUCCUCUUUUUACCUUGUAAUUGACUGGUUAGCAACCUAGGUGAUUAUUUGGCCAAAUCCUCUACUUCCCCAAUUUGAAAACCAGAAGUUAACCCUAAGUAUGCAGACAGAGGCGAGCGUGUAGAGCUACGGAAAAGAGGCGAGCAUGUAGAGCUACGGAAAAGAGGCGAGCGUGUAGAGCUACGGAAAAGAGGCGAGCAUGUAGAGCUACAGGAAAGAAGCGAGUGUGUAGAGCUGAAAGAAGACGAACGAAUAGCUGGAAACGAAAGUCUUGAGCUGCACUUUAAGAGUAAUCGUACGUUUGGCGUCUUCUUCUAAAAGAUUUAAUCUGCUACCUACAUCUAAUGACGUGUUUGAAAUCUGGUAAUUAUGGGAAUAUUAAUGGGUUGUAUUAUAAGAGACCUAAGGACCCUAUGGACAGUCUACAUCAGCUAUUCAAUGACGAAACCACCUUACAUUUAAUUCAGUUGGCAACAGGUUGUGGAACAUGUGAUAUCUUUGUAGAAUAUGGGAUAGAUGAUGUUGAGUUGGUUGACAUUUUUCCCUUAUCUGCACCACAUGUUGAAGAUACACACACUGACAGUGACAUUAGAGUCUCAAAUGUUCAAAGAUACGAACAGGGAGGUGAGGAGAGUGACCAUGAAGCUGCUCAAUAGGGGAUAAUGUAAACCAGAUCGAAUGAUGAGUCACAUCGGAGCCUCAAAUGGGAAACGGACUGUUGAAGAAGAAGAAACACAUGACAAUGUGUACACUGAAGAGGAAGAUGACUUGGAAAAGGGUGAAAGUGGAGAAGAGAGUUCAAGGGUUAAACAAAACAUGAUGAGGAUUUAAGAGGGCAAGAUGGGGGAAGGAAGUGAAAGGCAAUACACCCAAUCUACUAAAAACAAAAUUCAAGAUUGGGGUGCUUGUGACUCAGAAACAAGUGUUGAGUAUGAUUCUGACAACCAUUCCAGCAUACAUUCAGAAGAGGAGGAAGAUGAGACAGGUGUGCAGCAAAAAACAAAGAAGGCAAGGCAUGCAAGCUAUUACCCAAAGUCAGAACCACCUCAUACUGAGUUGGCCAUGCUGUUUGAGGAUGGAAGGCAGUUUAAAAAUGCAAUGAUGAGAUAUGUUGUAAACAAAAAAAAGAGACAUUCUGUUUGCUUAAAAUGCACCAAAGAGAGUGCGUGUGAAGUUUGGUACAAAUUGUGCUUUUAGGUGCACUGUUACAUGGGAUAAAAGGCAUCAUUGUAUGUAAGUGAAGGUGUUCAGAAAACGUCAUUUAUGCAAUAAGAAGUUUAAAUUGGGGGUUGUUAGUCAAAAAUGGAUUGAAGAACGUAUGAAGAAAAAGUUUUUGCUAAUCAAAACAUGACUGCCAUGGACUUAAAAGCUCUUAUUAAGAUUAAUGUUUCUGUGAAUUUGGUGAGUAGGGAAUGAGGGGAAUACAUGGAAAAACAAACUCUACUUUUAAGGACCAAUUUGAGAGAAUUAGAGAUUACGUUGAGGAGUGUCUAAAGUCCAUUCCUGAUAGUACCGUGAUCAUAAAAACUGUUAGAGUUGUGCCUGAAGCCCCAUGUGUUUUCCAAAGGAUAUAAUUCAGCUUUGGAGCUGUUAAAAUGGGGUUUCUAGAUGGGUGUCGAAAGGUGAUUGGUGUUGAUGGUUGUUUUCAGAAAGGUCAACUAAAGAGUGAAAUAUUGACUGUCGUUGGUAGGGAUGUUAACAACCAGAUGUAUCCAAUUGCUUAGGCUGUUGUGGAGACCGAGAACAAUUCUUCCCGGACAUGGUACCUAAAGCUUCUUAGAAAAGACCUAAACAUUGAAAGAUCAGGCUUGUGGACUAUUAUCACUGACCAGCAGAAGGGACUGUCCAGUGUUAUAGAGCAGGUAUUGAGUGGAAUUGAGCACAAAAAUUGUGCUAGGCAUAUACACGUCAAUCGGAGCAAAUCUCACCGUGGCUUGAUCCUGAAGAAGUUAUUCUGGAAGGUUGCAAAGUCCACAUCACAACAAGAACUCCAAGCAACCAUAAAAGAGAUGGAGAAAGUAGUUUCUCAAGCCAUAGAUUUACAUAAAUAUCCGCUUCAAUUAUGGUGCAAGGCAUUCUUUAGAGUGGGUGUGAAGUGUGACGUGUGCGAUAAUAUUUUUUCUGAAGCCUUCAGUAGUACACUCUUAAGAAUGCAGAUCCAAUCCCUUAAUUAUAAUGCUAGAGGAUAUAAGGGUGGGAAUGAUGAAGAGAAUUGCGAAGAAAAAGAAGGAAACUUUGGAUCCAUUAUAAGAAAAAAGUUGAAUAAGAAUAUUUAUGCCGACUCUGGAUGGCAUGUUGAUUUCAAUGGAGACGACAGAUAUGAAAUCAAGAAGGGAAGGCAUCAAUUCACAGUCACGCUAGAAGGCAGAUCUUGUAGUUGUAGAAAGUGGGAUGUUUCAGGUAGUCCGUUAUGAAAAGCCUGGUAAAAGUAGUUUUUUUUCUUUUAGUUAUACUGUUUUGAAUUGUUAUUUAAGGUAUACCUUGCGCACAUGCUAUUCUAAACAAAUGUAUCAAAGAACAUACUCUCAUACUCUACAACCUAUUAAUGGUGAAAUGUUCUGGCCGACAACUGAGCAUGAGGAAAUCCAAGCGUCUAUACCCAAAAAAAUGAGCGGAAGGCCAAAGAAGAAAAGAAUGUGUGGAGAAAGUGAACCUCUCUCAGCCACUCAACUGUCAAGGAAGGGCAUAGUUAUGUCAUGCACAAUUGGUAAGGAGAAUGGUCAUAACAUGUUGCGUUGUCCAAAAAACAUUGCACCUACUCCGACUACAACAGGCAGAGGAAGAGGAAAUGGGAGAGGAAGGGGGAGAGGGAGACAAACUGGAUCAACUAUUGAUGCACCUAUUGGAGGUGAAGUUGGAGUAGGGAUGGCUAGGGGAAGAGGAAGAACGAGGGGGGAAGGAAGAAUGAGGGGAACAGGGGAAAAGGGAGAAAGAAUGAAGCUGAAUCAAUAUGAUUCCUACUCCCUCCGUCUCAUUAGAAGAUUCUCACUUUCCUUUUUUAGACGUCCGUAUAAAGGUUCUCAUUUCCAUUUUAGGAAACAAUUAACAAUAUUAAGUGACAAAUUAAUCAUUAAAUAUUAAAAAUAAUACAUUUAUAACAUCACAAUUAUCAAUACUAACUACAUUAUAAUAUAUACCUAUUAAAAUUAUUUCUCAAAAUAUAUCUGAAGCACUUUAUUUAAUUAAUAAUUAAAAUUCAUGAAUUUAAUUUUAUGUUUCUAUCUAUCUCAUGUCACGUGUGCACAAAUGUACAUCCUUACAUUGGACAUGCUCUUACAACCAUAUAGCUAAUACAACUUUUUGCAUUUGAAUUUUAAUUAUCAUACUUGAAUUAUGAUUUUGCUCAUCAAUAAAAAAUGAAAAAGUUCACUAAUAUUAUUCUUGAAAGAGUGAUGGACAAAAAUGUGAUUUGAUAUCUUUUAGUAACUAUAAUUGCGUUCGAAGAUGAUCAUGGGCCUCGAUCAAUAUGGUUUGUCACUUUAUUUUGUAUGUUAAUUACGGGGUGAGAGGUGAUGAUAGAUGCGAUUCUUUAGGAGGAAGAUAGCAUCCAAAAUGAAUUUAGGGGGAAGAUUAAUUAAGGAUGGACCAGGCCCGAUCCGGACCGGUACCGGCCCAGCUGCCCAGCUUGUACCAAUUUUUUGGGACUAAGGUCUCAGGUCGGAUCGAGCGGGACAGGUCAGGCUUCUUUUUUUUUUUAAAUGUUGUUUUAAAAUUAAUUGAAGAAGUGCUAGAUAUAAACUACAAUUGAGAAUUGAGAAAAAUUUAAAACAUUAAAUACCAUAUAUUAAGUAGAUAAUAAAUAUGAGUAAAUAUAAUAUAUGUAUUUAUAAGUAGAUAAUAAGUAUAUAAGUGGAUAUAAUAAUUGCAUAACUCAUAUAUACUAUAAUGUUUAUAGUAUAUAAUAUAUAAGUAUACUACUAUAAGAUGAGUAGAACACUUAUAUUUAAUACUUUAAUAUACCCCAUUUUAUAAUAUAUAAUGAGAUCGAAACAAGCUUGCAUUCGAGUAGGCCCUACUUUCUUUUGUUAUCAGUAU